GUAAAAAAGAAAUGAAAAGAAAGGCAGUAAGGGCCAAGGCACCCAAUAGCCAAUAUCUUGUGCAUCUGAUUCUUAAGAGUUUUCCGGCGGUUGGUACUUAGGAGUUAGGAAUUCCAAGCUUGCUUCGGAGCCAAUUUUUGGGGAUUUCUGACACUCAUACAAAAAAAAAAAAAAAUGGGUGGCUCUCAAUCCGAAAGAGAAGACAAGGUUUCAUUGGAGCUGAAUGAAGAGAUUAUUCAAAGCAUGGAAGUCGGCAUGGCCUUCAGAGACUAUAAUGGUAGAAUUAGUUCGAUGGAUUUUCAUAAGACUUCAAGUUAUCUAGUAACAGCUAGUGAUGACGAAUCCAUUCGCCUUUAUGAUGUUGCCAGUGCAAGCUGUUUGAAGACAAUUAACAGCAAAAAGUAUGGGGUUGAUCUGGUUUGCUUUACUUCUCACCCUACAACAGUCAUCUACUCUUCAAAAAAUGGCUGGGAUGAAUCCCUGAGGUUACUAUCAUUGCACGACAACAAGUAUUUGCGGUAUUUUAAAGGUCACCAUGACAGGGUUGUGUCACUCAGCUUGUGCUCUCGCAAAGAAUGCUUUAUCUCUGGUUCUCUUGAUCGAACUGUUUUGCUUUGGGAUCAACGAGCUGAGAAGUGUCAGGGUCUUUUACGUGCACAAGGAAGGCCUGCUACGGCAUAUGAUGAACAAGGACUAGUCUUUGCAAUUGCCUUUGGAGGAUACAUUAGAAUGUUUGAUGCCCGCAAGUAUGAAAAGGGCCCUUUUGACAUCUUUUCUGUUGGGGGAGAUACAUCUGAUGCAAAUGUUGUAAAGUUCAGUAAUGAUGGGAGACUUAUGCUUUUAACAACUAUGGAUGGACAUAUUCAUGUGCUUGAUUCAUUCCGUGGCACACUUUUAUCCACAUAUAAUGUCAAGCCUGUUUCAAGCAAUUCCACAUUAGAGGCAUCAUUCAGCCCUGAGGGAAUGUUUGUUAUAUCAGGUUCAGGUGAUGGAAGUGUUUAUUCUUGGAGUGUACGAAGUGGGAAAGAAGUUGCGAGUUGGAUGAGUACUGAAACUGAGCCUCCUGUCAUAAAAUGGGCUCCUGGAAGUCUGAUGUUCGUCACUGGCUCUUCUGAACUGUCAUUCUGGAUACCGGACUUGUCUAAGUUGGGAUCUUAUGCUGGAAGGAAGUAGAAAUUCAGUCAUCAACACACUUACAAUUUCACGUAGGAAGCAGUUGAAAGGUUUACCAUUUCUGCCAAUCUAUUUAUUGUUAAAGCUUGAAAUCAAAGGCAAAUUUAUUGUUUCCUCUGUAGAGUUGUUUGCUAUGCAGUGACAGUUAAUUGAACAGAGGAUAGGCAAAUGUGUUCUGUACUGCAACUCACAAUUAAAAAAAAAAAAAAAAGAAGCAAUCUGAGUAGCUCCUUUUCAGAGCAUCAUAGAAGCUCCAGUUGCUUACUUCCUGGAUGUGUAUUACGUGAAUUUUUUUGAAGGAAAUGGCCAUAGAUCUGAAGUUUAGGUAUCAGAAAGUCAUUUAUCAAAAAAAUGUUUAGCUAUUGGAUGAUCAUUUUUGAAAGUCUUCGAACUAUGAUUGUACAGUUUACCUUGUUGUGAAUCUAAUUAGAGGAGCCAUCAAGAGCACUUCAGUGUAGAUUUUUAA